AUAGUGCAUCAUAGCGUACGGCUUUGUCUGGUGAUCAAUUCACUAAUUAAUCUUUUUGACAAAAAAAUCUAAGUAUAAAAUAAUAUAGAAAAUAUUUUAAAAUUGAUAAUCACAUAGAUUUGUUUCUGUAAGCAAAACUCAACUUUAUGCUACUUUAAAUUCUAUAAUAUUUGAUUCCCCUAUUGGAGAAUUUUUAUUUAAUUUGAGUGUGAUUCCCCUAAUUAUUAUUUAUAUGUUUAAAAUACUACUAAUUCGUGGGACCCAAUAAUAUAUUCGGAAACAACUUUGACCCAAAAAGAUAUAUAAUUCGUUUAAAAGAAAAAAAUGAAAAGCAAAAGAAGCUCUGAAAAGCCUUUAUAAUCUCAUCACAAUCACCGCGAGACCCAAAGAUCUCAACAAUCUCUCCCCCAUCCCAUAGUGUGAUUCUGUUUUACUAUCAGAGAGUUUGUUAUAACUGACUAAGUCGAGAUAAUGAGUGAACUCGAACGCGGAACGAGUCAGAUGACGACGACUGAGACACACCGCACGACGACGUUUCUUGACUUGCUCCGACGCCAGAUGAGCGGUGUGGAUCGCACAAGGAGGAAGCGGACUCUCAAAGAACGGUUGAGAUUCAAAUGCAUCGGGUGCUGUGGGCCCAUUAGGCGUCUCCAUCAGCCCAACAAUACUCUCCACAGUCCAACAACCUCAAGUGAAGACGAACUCGAAACCCGAUUCGCUCCCGGGUCGGACAUUGGAGCGGGCGCAUCGUCAGGAUCGGGUAUGAACCUCGCGACGGCGUUAGAGGCGGAGAGAUAUAACCGGGGCGAUCCGACGGAGGUCGACAUGACGCCGACGAGAGUGUCGUUGAUGAGAUUGCUGGAUGAGACGGCGGAGAGAGCCGUUGAUGACGGGAGAGAGACGGAGAUAUCGACGGCGUUAACGGGGAAUGAUACGGUGUGCUGCGUGUGUAUGGGAAGAAAGAGAGGCGCUGCGUUUAUCCCAUGUGGACACACUUUUUGCAGAGUUUGCUCCAGAGAGCUGUGGCUGAACCGGGGCUCGUGUCCUCUUUGCAACCGUCCGAUCAUCGAGAUCCUUGACAUUUUCUGAAACUAAUCAAAGUUCUCGAUCACUGUGAGUAACUACGUUGAGUGUGAUAGGCGUCGAAGACAAAGUUUUAUUACGGUUUGUACUUUUGUUCGUUUCUUUUGUUUAUGAGAAAGCAGCUUAUGUAAAUGCGAGAGAUUCUGUUCACGAGGCCCAUUAAAUCAAAAUCUAUAGCCCAAUAAUAUGUCCUCGUGUCCUAGCUUAUGUUAGGGAGUAGCGACUUGGCCUUAAAUAUUUUAAAAUAUGUAAUGAUCUGAUCGCUUGUAUCUACUGUUCAAAAUUACAUUUGAAACACAUCAAAUUUUA